CAACUAACUUUGGGAAGUCACAGAGAUCCAGCGAUGUGACCCGCGCCACCUCUCCUACACUUGGCCUUUUAAACGUUAUCUCUCAGCGGUACCUCCGGAUUAAGGAUGGAAGAUCCCUUCAGCCCCUCAACUCUAUCUCUGUCACCCAACCUCUCCGUACCCAUUCGGCCAAGCUGGGGUCUCAACCUGACUUCUGGGCAGGGAGCCUCUAUCCCGGGACCGCAGCCGCCUCCAAGCGGGCCAGCUAGCCACCGGAUCCAUCUGGUUUUCUUGGGGAUCAUCCUGGUGGCCGCGGUAGCUGGCAACACCACGGUGCUCUGCCGCCUGUGCAGCGGUAGCAGCAGGCACUGGCCGGGUCCCAAGCGUCGCAAGAUGGACUUCCUGCUAGUGCAGCUAGCAGCGGCUGACCUGUAUGCGAGUGGAGGCACCGCACUAUCGCAGCUGGCUUGGGAGCUGCUGGGCGACCCGCGACCGGCUCUGGGCGACUUGGCUUGCCGCCUUUCCCAGCUGCUGCGGGCAUCGGGGCGGGGCGCCUCCGCCCACCUGGUGGUGCUCAUUGCCUUGGAGCGCCAGCUCGCUGUGCGCGGUCCUCAGGGGCCGCAGCUGCCAGCACGCGCCCUGGCUGCCCUGAGCUGGCUGCUGGCUCUGUUGCUGGCGCUGCCACCGACCUUCGUGGUGCGCUGGGACGCUGCUCCAUCUUCAACCGUCAGCUUCUGGCCGGGGGAGCAUCGCUGCGGGAGCAUCUUCGCGCUCCUACCGCGCUGGCACCUGAAGAUCUACGCGCUCUAUGAGUCUAUCGUGGGCUUCGCCGUGCCGGUCGCUAUCUUGGGUGUCUCUUGCGGCCACCUGCUGUGUGUCUGGUGGCAACGUGGGUCUCAGGCUCCAGUGACUGGGAUGCCCUGGUCACCUAGUAUGGCCCGAGCCUCCUUGCCCAGAGCGCUGCCCCGAGCCAAGGUGCAAAGCUUGAAAAUGAGCUUGGCGCUGGCACUGCUCUUCGUGGGCUGCGAUCUUCCCUACUUCGCCACUCGCUUGGCAGCCGCCUGGUCAUCGGGGCCCACGGGUGACUGGGAGGGAGAGAGCCUGGUGGCGGCAAUGCGCGUCGUAGAGGUGGCCAACAGCGCCAUCAACCCUUUGGUCUACCUUUUCUUCCAGGCGGGCGACUGCCGUCUCUGGUGGCUGCUGCGGAGGCACCUAGGAGUUCUGUGCUGUGUGCGGGAGGAAGAAGCUGAUAUCAGCAUAGGGGCUGGAGACCACCAGGCACUCCAGCGCCAUCGCUGGCCCCACCCUCAUUAUCACCACGCCCGGCGGGAGGAGCGGGACCAGGGCUGCCUGCGCCCACCUCCGCCACGCCCCAGACCGCUGCCCUGCUCCUGUGAAAGUGUCUUCUAGGAGCUGCUGCACAGACAGGUCGUUUGUCUUUGUGGCACAGUCUUCAGAUAACACAGGGUGUAAGUGGUCUGCCUAAAUCACCAAGAGUGGAACUGUCUGCAGGAACCACAAAAGCUGCCCGCAUCCUGUAUGCAACAGUUAUUUCCUUCUAAUAAGGACAUGGUUUUCACUUCCCGCUAGUUUUCUUCCCUCUGGUUCCUCUCAUAAUGCCCAUUUUGAGGAGACCAG